GGUGCUGUUACAAAAAGCCUCUUCUUCACAAGCUAAAAGUCAUUUUCUGCAUAUCCACAGAAGUGACAGCGCCUUCAGUCACCAUGAGGAGCUCGCUGGUGUUUUGCCUGGCUGUCAGCUUUGCCAUGUUUGGAUUUGGCCUCUCUCUGCAGUGUUACUCCUGCCCUGACGGCUCCAGCAGCAUCUGUGAAGUCAAACAGGAGUGUGGCCAAGGUGAAGACAGCUGCCUCAAACUCACCAGUGGAGGAAAAACCUACACUGAAUGUCUGAGGAACGCAGACUGUGACUUCAUGACUCUGGCCGUCAGAUACGCUCUCGCUGACUUCGACUUCUCCUGCUGUCAGACCAAACUCUGCAAUGAAGAGGAAAAAACUUUCUUCCAGAGAGUAAAGGAUUGGUUUGGUUAAGAAAUAAGAAAAAAAACAAAACAAAACCAAAAAAACCAAACAAAACAGUUGUAAGUCCUGAUAAGUCUGUUGAUUCUCAUUUGUUGUUCCACUGCUUAAUAUAGUUCAACAUUCAACAAUAACAGCACCUCAGUCAUAGUCACUGUUUGUUGGAUUUGAUUUGUCGCUGAGAUUCACUGUCUUUCUCGAGGAAACCGUUGCACUUUAAAGUUCUGACACGGGGAUCAACAAAGCAAAACGUUUUUGACUGAACUGAUGCCACGGACCCAUAGAGAAGGAAACUGGAGAGAUCACUGGUCCAGUCAUGCUGAUGCAGUUUGCUGCAGACCAUAUGUCUUCCUACAUUUAUCCGCACUGCAGAGGUCUUCAGAAAGUCCUGAAAAUAUAAAGUUCGUCCUCUUAAUGGCUUAUAACUGAUCAACAGACCAUAAUAAAAUGAUUUAAAACCA